CAGUCGCCAUUGAGCCAAGCUAAUAUUCUCCCGGCAUAUGGUCCCCCAAAAUCUUUGCUAGAGAUCCGGGAAAACAAACAAACAUACAAAACAACAAAAUCCCUGAGCCACCUCUCCUUGGGGCCUAACCCCACCUCCCAGCUGGCAGCAAACUUCCUGGCCCCCGGACCGUGCACCGCGGGACACCGCUCUCACGGCGGGUGGGAACCUGCUGCUGGGAUGCGGCGCAAGCCGCGCAGCUGAGUGCGACGACGCGGGAGCUUCGGAGCCGCUGGAGUGGAGGAGAAAACUGGUUUUCAGAGACGUGAAGAAACGUGGGUGCCUGAGUUCACAAAGCUGACAGUGCUGCCCCGGAGACCACCAGUAUGAACACUACAGACGGUAGCGUCAACUGUCUCUGUGCGAUCUGCGGAGACAGAGCAACAGGAAAGCACUACGGCGCAUCCAGCUGUGACGGCUGCAAGGGCUUUUUCAGGCGCAGCAUUCGGAAGAGUCACGUUUAUUCCUGCAGGUUCAGUCGCCAGUGUGUUGUUGACAAGGACAAAAGAAAUCAAUGCAGAUACUGUCGAUUAAGAAAGUGUUUUAGAGCAGGAAUGAAAAAAGAAGCCGUGCAAAAUGAGCGUGACAGAAUAAGUACUAGAAGAAGCACUUUCGAUGGCAGCAACAUACCCUCCAUCAACACUCUGGCGCAAGCUGAGGUCAGGUCUCGCCAGAUAACAGUAGCAAGUCCCGGUGCGAGUACUGACAUAAACUUGAAGAAAAUCGCAAACAUCAGCGACGUCUGUGAAUCUAUGAAGCAGCAGCUGUUAGUCUUGGUGGAAUGGGCCAAGUACAUCCCUGCCUUCUGUGAACUGCCCUUGGAUGACCAGGUGGCCCUGUUGCGAGCACAUGCCGGAGAACAUUUACUGCUUGGAGCCACGAAGAGAUCCAUGGUGUACAAAGAUAUUUUGCUUUUGGGAAACAACUACGUUAUUCACCGUAACAGCUGUGAAGUCGAAGUCAGCCGUGUGGCCAACCGAGUUCUGGAUGAGCUGGUCAGACCUUUCCAAGAGAUCCAGGUGGAUGACAAUGAGUACGCGUGCUUGAAGGCCAUCGUGUUCUUUGACCCAGAUGCAAAGGGACUGAGCGACCCUGUGAAAAUUAAGGGCAUGCGGUUCCAGGUGCAGAUCAGCCUGGAGGACUACAUCAACGACCGGCAGUACGACUCCCGCGGCAGGUUUGGGGAGCUGCUGCUGCUGCUGCCCACGCUACAGAGCAUCACCUGGCAGAUGAUCGAGCAGAUCCAGUUCGUCAAACUGUUCGGCAUGGUCAAAAUCGACAACCUCCUUCAGGAAAUGUUGCUGGGUGGUGCUGCCAACGAUGGCGGCCAUCUCCAUCACCCAAUGCACCCACAUCUGUCUCAAGAUCCACUAACUGGCCAAACUAUACUUUUAGGACCCAUGUCCACACUGGUUCAUACAGACCAAAUCUCAACUCCAGAAACCCCACUCCCUUCCCCGCCCCAAGGCUCUGGGCAAGAACAGUACAAAAUCACUGCAAACCAAGCUUCUGUCAUUUCACACCAGCCCCUCUCUAAACAAAAGCAGUUGUGAAAACCUACCUUCUUCUGAAUGGCACUGCAUAAAUGUGAAACACGUUGGUAUUGAAAUGUCUCAGGAUGGCGGUUCUUGCCUUCUUUUAGGCAAGGCUUCUUCAUGGUGCUGUUGUAAGAUGGUAACCUAUUUUCUUGUUUGUGAACACAUUUUGUUUAUCGUUGCUGUAAAUCUUUCACAUGCAACCCGUGUAUAUUUAAAUUUGAAGUUGUUUUAUAGUGUAUUGUUUCCAGUUGUCCCUGCACUGUGCCCAAACCACUGGGAUCUUAUGUACGACUUCCAUUGUUUUUCAUAAUACUAAUUUAAAUCUGUAAAUAAUUCCUUUGUUGUGAUGUGAUGCAGUUCUUUUUGGUUAAGAGUAGAUUAUAAAUGCCAGUUAACAUAAAAUUCAACCAAGUGUUGUUUUUAAUAAAUUGUAAACUUGAAGAUUAGAAAAGGAAAGCUGUAGCUAUAGAAUAGAGUGUUUCUUGAAGGGGAAUAUAUCAGGGCCUGCUGUGGCAAGCAGUAAAUGUGCCUAUGUAAAAUUCAGAGAAUUAACACCAUUGUAAAGAUGACUGGAUAGUCUCUGCAUUGUGACAGCUUUUGAAGAUGUCUGCUAUGGGAAGACAUGUUGUUUCUUUCAGAUGGCAAACAAGCCAAAGCUAAACAAAGAAAUAAUAAACCAUGGCUCAACCAAAAGGGACAUUCAUUUCUUACUCCUGGCAAAUCUGGAAAGUCAUCCAUUCAUUGGAACACCCGGUUCUUUGGGAAGAAUCUUCCUAUAGGGACCCAUGCCAGUUCAAGUUAUACAAAUCUGGGAGAAAGAAUGCUGGGGAACAAGCCAUUGAACACAUUUGUUCAAACCCAGCUCUGGUGGGCUUUAAUGAGAUUGUGUCACAAAAGGCCACAUGCAAUGCUUGCGGUCUGGUUUUGAAAACAUACAAUGACUGAUGAUGGAAUAUUACCUGUCAUGGUACUCAUGAAUGUAAAUAACGAGUACGCAGUUGUCUGCAUUUUUUGCGUUGAGGAUGAGAGACCAGUUUUGUACCUUUUGUGAUCCUCACAUCUCCUAAAAUUCUUAAGAUGUUUAAUUUAUACUAGAUUGAUUUUGAUGACUUAGUGAUUUUUUUGCAAUGUAGAAAUAUGCUAACCAUCUAAUUCUAGACUGAGAUGUAGCCCCAACUACUUGUGAUCACCUAGAGCUGGGGCUUAUUUUAAAAGCUCUAUAGAAAAUCUCAUGAAGCAGCAAGGCACCUCUGUGUGUAUAUGCUCUCUCUCUUACUUCUUGCCUCUUUUUUCUUUCCCUCUCUUAUAUUUACUGAAGUAGCAAGAAAAAAAAAGUUGAAUAUAUAGAUGUACAAUUAUAUAAAAAUGUAAAAGUGAACAUAGAUCAAAAGAAAAACAGUAUCUGAAGCUGUGAGAUUUUGGGUUAGAGUUCUCAGAUUGAGUCAGACCCUCCAUCUAUCUACAGGUAUAGAGAUUCCAUUUAAUAUUAACAAUCUUGGCUCUAAAUGUGAUGUGACAGCUAUCAGUGAUUUCACAGACUCAAUUGUAUUUAUUCAAAUGUUGUUAUCCUUGUGAAACUAAACUGUAACAUUGAUGAAGGGAAAGGGAAGGGAGAGAAAGAGUUCCUAAAUUAUUUUAAUAUUUUGAAAAUUUACUCUUGUUUCACGAAAUAAGCAAGUUACUAAUUUUCAUGACCACAAAUAUCACCUGUAGGUUUUUGUUUACUUGUUUAAUGUUAUUCUUCUAAAAGUCGAAAAAUUCAUAUAUCUGGACUACUAUAACAAAAUAUAUGGAACUGAGAAAAAUAAACAAGAGAAAUGUAUUUCUCAUAGCUGUCCAUGUUGGAAGCCUAAGAUAAAGAACUAUCAGAUUCUCUCUCUCUGAUUUAUAGAUAGUUAUUUGUGAGAUAGCUCUCAGGGGACCUCUUUUCUAGGAACAGGAUUUUCAUUCGUGUAAGUACCAUGACCUCUUCACCUGCCAGCAUUCCCACCUUUGCAUAUCAUCAUAUUUAUGGCUAUAUUUCCACAUAAAUGAGGAGGCAUAUAGACAUUUAAUACCAUAGCAAAUAAUUUUAAAAUGCAAAACAUAAAAUUUAUUUUUGGUGAAUGAUAUAUCCAUAAUGAUUUACUGACCAGGUAUGUUUUGAAAAAAUAUUGUUAAUUAUUUUGUUUGAAAAAUUACAGUCAGGGCAUUUGUAAUAUAGUAUUUUUAUAUACUGAACUGCCAGAAAUAGUGGGCAAAGAAGAACUGAUGCUUUCAGCAAACUAUCCAGAUACUGUUAAGAAAAUUUAUUACUGUUAUACAAUACUUUUUUUCAGGUGACAGAUAUAAAUAAUUUAUUGUAAAAUAACAGUUCAUUUUAUAAAUGCAAAAUUAUUUUUAUAAAUUUCAUUGUUGAAAAUCAGAAAUGAAUAGUUUUUUUAAAUGUUGAAUUACAGUGAGAUUAAAAUAUUUCUAAACUGUGAUAUUUGUUUUACUUGGCUUUAUAAAUAAAAACUGAGAAAAUUUAA